GGGGACUGGCAUCAUGUAUCGAAUCGAUUUGUGGUGCAUGCUUUUCAGUUCUAUAUAUUGAAGAGGCUCUCGUGAUGGCAGCUUUUCUUUCCUCUAUUCUUCCUCUCCAAGUCAGUCUUGUUAGCUCGUCGUCGUCUUUAUUUUCACUCUCUUCACUUUCUCUAAAUACAUUCAUUUCAAAGUGUGAUCUGUGAUCCACGACACUCUUUUUUAAAUUUUACAUUCAUUCCCACCAUACGCCUACACACAAAAUUCCAUCAAAAUGUUUUCUAAAUCAAUCAUCGCCGCUUCCCUCCUCACAGCAGUCACUGCUCAUCAAAAUUUCCAUCAAUUUUGGGUCAAUGGAGUUUCUCCUGGAUAUCAAGUAUCCAUCCGCAUGCCACCUUCCAACUCCCCAGUUCUCGAUGUAGCAUCCGAUAACAUCACCUGUAACGUCAAUGGAAAUGUUGUCCCAUCAGGUGUCAACACAACUGCCGCAAACGAGGGAGAUGCUAUCACAGUUCAAUGGGAUUCUUCUACUCAUCCAGGACCCAUUCAACAUUAUCUUUUUGGCCCCGUUGAUGAUGCGUCCAUGGCUACCGGUAUUGGUUCAUGGUUCAAGAUCGAUGAGUACAUUGAAGUCAAUGGUACUUGGGCCUCCAACCUCAUGGAUGCUGGUAACAUGAGCUAUACUUUCAACCUUCCUACUGGAAUGGCAUCUGGUGAAUACUUGCUUCGUUCAGAGAUGCUUGCUCUUCACUCCGCCCAGACUGUCGGAGGUGCUCAAUGGUACAUUGGAUGUGCUCAACUUUCUAUUACCGGUACCAGUGGAGAUUCAUGCGGUCCCUCCAUCGAGCUUCCAGGUGAUUACAAUGCUACCGACCCAAGUAUCUAUAUCCCAGAUAUCUACUAUGGUUUUGACAUCUCUACCUACACACCUCCCGGAGGAGCUGUUGCAACAUGCGGUGCUUCUGGAAGUGGAGCUACGGGUGCAGCCAGCGCCACGGCCGUAGCAACAUCUGCUGUUUCCAGUGCGGUUGCAUCAUCAAGCGCCGCAGGUGUUUCAUCGAGUGCCGUAGUUGCUUCAAGCUCCGUCGCCUCAUCCGUACUGGCCUCAUCCAGUGCAGUACUUCCAUCAAGUUCCGUAGCCGCCAUUGUGACUUCCGCCCCAAGCACUCUCAUAACAGCCACCUCCGCACCUGCUGCCACUAGCUCAGCGGUUGAGGUUGGUGAUGAUGAGUGUGAGGCAUAAAUACGACGAUGAUGAUUUGUAUGAAAUGGGGGAAUAUCUUUGGAUUCUUUUGUAUAUAUAUCUAGAUGUAUUCAGUGUAUGUGAAUAGAUUUGGCACUUGCCACUGUAUAAAUAAAGACUGAUUGA